AUGAUAUCUUCAAACCACACAAUCCAGGAACCCCUUGUCUUCUUUCUCCUGGGCAUUCCAGGCUUGGAAUCAAUCCAUCUAUGGCUCUCCAUACCUGUGUGCUGCCUGGGUAUGGCUACUAUUGUGGGAAAUAUAACCAUCUGGGCUGUGGUUGCCACUGAGCCUGCCCUGCAUAAGCCUAUGUACUUCUUCCUCUGUAUGCUCUCCACCAUCGACCUGGCUGCAUCAGUCACCACACUGCCUAAACUUCUGGCCAUCCUGUGGUUUGGGGCUGGGCAUAUUGCUGCUGCUGCCUGCCUGGCCCAGAUGUUCUUCAUUCAUGCCUUCUGCAUGAUGGAGUCCACAGUGCUGCUAGCCAUGGCUUUCGACCGUUAUGUUGCCAUUUGUGACCCGCUGCGAUAUACCACCAUCCUUACUGACACAGUCAUUUCUCAGAUUGGCUUGGCUGCUGUGCUACGUGGUUCACUGCUGAUGUUUCCUUGCCCCUUUCUUAUUGGGCGCCUGAAGUUCUGCCACAGCCAUGUGAUUCCACACACAUAUUGUGAACAUAUGGCUGUGGUGAAGUUGGCUUGUGGGAACACCAGGCCCAACCGUGUGUAUGGUUUGACAGCAGCAUUGCUUGUCAUCGGGGUUGACUUGCUCUGCAUUGGCCUCUCUUAUGCACUCAUUGCACGAGCUGUCCUCCGUCUCUCAUCCCGUGAAGCCAGGGCUAAGGCCCUGGGAACCUGUGGCUCCCACAUCUGUGUCAUCCUCAUCUCCUAUACACCUGCCCUCUUUUCCUUCUUUACUCAUCGCUUUGGACACCAUGUCCCACUUCACAUCCACAUUCUCCUGGCAAAUGUUUACCUGCUCUUCCCACCAGCACUCAACCCCAUUGUCUAUGGUGUUAAGACCAAAGAGAUCCGAGAUCGAGUAGUUAGGGUGUUCUUGAGAAGCCAGAGUUCUGGGGACAAAGGACUAGGGUGA